AUGGUAUCCCUUGAAGCUGUCCGCGCUCACAACAGCAAUUUAGAAGAUCUCGGCACGGGACUCGUUGCUGUAUUUGUCGGUGGUACGAGUGGAAUUGGACUCUACGCUGCGCGUGAAUUCAUCCGCCAUACUUUAUCUCCGACGGUCUAUCUAGUUGGCCGCAACGAGAUUCGCGCAACAGAGAUCAUUGACGACUUGAAGUCGCUGAAUCCGAGCUCCCAGAUUAGAUUUCUCAAAGCAGACGUAUCGCUAUUGAAGGAGGUGGACUCGACAUGUGCCGUGAUUCGAAGCCAGGUCAACCAUGUCAACGUGUUAUUCCUCAGCUGCGGUAUUUUUACGCUCAACCGUAGUAGAGAAGACACUGCGGAAGGCCUCGACAAAAAGCUCAGUCUCCAUUACUACGCUCGCAUGCGCUUCAUCCACAACCUAAUGCCGCAGUUGACCCGCGCCAGCUGUAUCCUUGGUUCUGAGGGUAGUCAUAACCUCUCCCGGGUUAUAUCCGUUCUAGGCGGUGGCCACGAAACAGAGCUAUAUCUAGACGAUCUCGACCUGCAGAACCACUACGGGGUCGAGAAUUGCGAUAUCCACGCAACAACCAUGACAUCCUUAAUGGUCGAAGAGUUUGCGUCGCGGUAUCCGUCGACGACAUUUAUCCACACGUAUCCUGGGAUUGUGAAUUCGGGGAUUUCUCGCGAAUCGGGCCGAUUCGUAGGCUGCAUUGUCAAGGCCGUGAUGUUUCUAGGUCGGCCGUGGAUGGUGUCGGAGAAGGAGAGCGGCGAGCGGAGUCUUUUUGCGGCGACGAGUAGAGAGAUCUCUACGUCUGCGAAGAGUACCACUGGAGAUGGCAAAAGGAAUGCUAUCAUACUGAACUGGGACGGGUCUGAGGUGGGCAAUCGAAGGCUCCUCGAAGAGUAUCGGAAAAAGGGUGUUGGUGAUAUGGUGUGGAAGCUUACGGAGGAGAUUUUUCUAAAGGCUUCCAAGGUUCCUUCUUGA